CUGGGCUAGCAUCUCCGAGCCAGCAUCUUUUGCGAGUUAUCCCAACGUCUACGCCCAGACAUGUCUACAUCCUCGCUGUGAUAUCACUGUGGCGCCCUUGAGAGGACACAGAAAGGAAAGACAAGACAUCAAACAGCGUGAGAAGGGUCGAAGGGAAGAAGCAAAAAAGAAAAAAAGAAACGCGCCCUCCACCACUACUAUCCAUCCUCUCGUCAUCCUCUCUCAUACCUUCUAUCCUUCCAUCAUCUCCUCCAUCAUCCCAUUCGCCCUCGUCCUCCCCACCCUUUUCUUCCUCCUCCCCCUCCGCCCAUCGUGAACACACAGUUCCCCCUCGAGAUGUAUACAACCUCCGCGCCCGCCCAGGUUAACGGCGGCAGCGGCAUGGGCAACAACCGCGUCGACUCCGGGACUAUCAACCCCGCGGAUCUCAACUCUCCUAUCUCCCUUCCAUCUACUGCGCUUGCUACAGACCUCACCGCGGACGCGACUGGCUCCCGCGGCACCAAGCGCAGUCGUUCAGAAGACCAGUAUGGCGAGCAGCUCGCCGACCCUGAUGUCGAAGAUGGUGAGUUUUAAGUCUUGGGCGGAUGAAAGACUUCGCUGAAUUCCGAUUUUUCCUCAUUUUCUUUGAAAUCGCCUUGUCGCCUACCCAAACCUUAGCGUAGCAACUCCACUUCAGCAGAGAAGAGCAGAACAGAAGCGUGUCAGAGCGAGAAGCGAAAGGAAGAGAAGGGAGAAGAAAAAAAAAAUUCUAGCAUACGGCCCUACUGACAAUCUAUCGCAGACAGUAGGCGCAAAAGAGGGCGACCCCCAAAAGCCACCCGCCCGCCGAGCACCUCCACCACCAUUACCGCCAGCCAUAACAACCUCAGCACAAACGCCAACAUCAGCAGCAACAACAUGAGUAUCAGCAACAACACGCCCAUUGUUGCUACGACGAUAACGACAACUGCAGCGGCCAUGGCGUCCUCGCAGUCUCCCCUACAGACACCUAGGAUAGCCCCAGAUAUCGCCCUUCAGUCGUCUCCGCCCAAGGCUACGCCAACAAAGUCCGUUCUCAAAGCCCUGCCCACAGUCAGAGACCACACGACCGAUCAGCUAGGGGAAGAUGGCGAUGAGUAUAUCCCCAAGGAGUUCGAUGCUAACGGCGAGAAGAAAGUCGACGGUCUAGGUUAUCUGCAGGAUACCCGCACCUACAAGUGUCGCACCUUCCGCCUCGCAAAUCGCGGCAACAAGCUCUUCAUGCUGGCUACGGAGUGCGCGCGCGUGCUAGGCUACCGCGAUUCUUAUCUCCUCUUCAACAAGAAUAGAUCAUUAUUCAAAAUCAUCGCCAACCAGGCCGAAAAGGAUGAUUUGAUCGCGCAGGACAUCCUGCCGUACUCGUACCGCUCGCGCCAGAUUGCCAUAGUUACCGCUCGUUCCAUGUUCCGUCAGUUCGGCAGUAGAGUCAUAGUCGACGGCCGACGCGUGCGCGAUGAUUACUGGGAAAGCAAGGCUAUCAAACAAGGAUUUACAGAAGAAGAUAUGGCUGGCGAGAAGCGUCCUGGAGCAGGAAAGGCACGCGAGGCUGCUGCCGCCGAAGCAGCCGCUUCGAUGAAUGCCAUACCCUCUUUGGGUCAUAACGAUGUUAUCUACACCAACACCUCGACCGAUGCACACGGCUUGCCGUCGACACUCUCCCAUCCCGCCUCACUUGCUCCCCUCCCUAUGAUCAACCCCGCCCCGUCCGAUGAUCCGCGUCUUCGCGAAUACAGCAGUCUCCCACGCCCUAGGCAGACCUAG